UUGUAGUAGGGGGGCGGAAGGACCAUGGCGUCCAAGAUCCGUGUGGCGCUGCGGCCCGUGAAGAGUAUCCUGGUCCGCUUCUGCCCCUUCGAGCCCAACGCGGAGAGCACGAGAAUAUUUCUUCAACGGAUAUACCAUAAAAAAAUCUAUGACACUAACAGGAACUGUGAAGUGACUGCUGAUGUGAGACAUGAUGGGUCUGAACCACUUAUAGAUGUUAUGUUUGCUGACGGAGAGCGACUGAUAAUGAAAGGAGCCAACCUGACAACAGUUGAAAUGUUAACAGCAUUGAGCUCCAGAUGUAAUGCAAAAGAGCUUAAAGCAGAACAGAAAAGCAAGAAGAAGAGUCCAUGAAGAACCAAACAAAUGUGUUCACAUUUACAUGUGUCAAAAGCAGCAGGCUGUAUAGAAGGCUUUUCUCAUAUGUGACAAAAACUGAAAGAGAAAGAUGGCCAAGUGCUGACCAGUUUAACAUGCAGCAGAAUGAAUCAUUUAAAUGUUCUUGCCUCUUCUCCUCAAGGAAAAUGCAGUGGAGCCACAUAACUUUUAACAAGUAGCAGGUCAAAAUGGCUUAUGCCACAAGUGCAUCUUUCUAACCACCUGCUUCUUGGUCAUCUGCAUAUUGGACUAAAAUCACAUGUAUUUGCAUAUGAAUAUGAAUAGUGGACAUUAGUUAUUAAUAAAUGUUAAAAAUCAA